UAUACCAUUUCGAUUUGUUUGGCUGGGAAAAGUACAGCGAAAGUGGGAAAUUUUGGAGAAUAUUUGUGUUACCAAUGUGACAGGUGUAAAUUGUGAGAUUUAAAAGUUGUAGGUGAGAAUGGGGUACCUCUAAAACUACAUUCAUCCCAAGUUCAUAAGAAUUCGACGUCUAUCCAUAAGGAACAUAUAGUAAAAGUGAAAGACUUCAGUGUAUCCUUUGUGAAUUUAACUUUUUCGAGUACAUUUCUGAAGAAUUCCCGGUUCUGAGAGAGCGGUUUUUUGGCUAGUAUGUAUAAUUUGUUUGUCAUGGGCAAAUAGAUUAUCGUCCGACAAAAGUAAGAAGUACUUUGCUAGGAUAUUUCCUAAACAUUGCCCCAGUCACAGCAGUUUCUCUAUAAACAAUCAACAUUCAAAAACUCCCCCUAACACGAAAUUUCUGUAUAGUCAACAAAUCAUAUUUUUCGGUCCGCACAAUGACAACCAAUCCAAUCCUUGCCGAGGUGGACGCGCUUCCCAAGCUGGAGGCGAUCAUCGGCGCUCUGAAGUGCGAGCAGACGGGUCACAUCAUGGAGGCGAUCCUGCUGUACGAGGAGAGCAUCUUCAAGCUGUCCCACAUGGCUGAGGCGGAGCCGAGUCGCCGCCAGCUGUGUGGGAAGUACCUGAAGAUGUACGAGGCGCGGGCCAGGCAGCUGCGGGACCAGGUCAAGGGUCACCUGCACUCCAGCCGCAGGCUGGACCACAUCACCAUCGAGCAGGGUGCCAGGGGCCGGAGCUACCAGCGGUUGCUUGGCCCCUACUUGGACGACGGCGUGAGGGAGGCCCACCUCAACGAGCCCCACCUCACGGAGCCGCCCCACUUCAGGAACCUGCUCAACUUUCUGGAAGUGCUGGUCAAGAACUGUCGCUACCUGAAGUACAUCCGCCUGACCACGAGGCCCGAUGCGGUGGCGCCCAAGAACCAGUUGCAGAUGCUGCAGCAGAUGAAGGACGACCUGGCCGGCGGCAACAUCCAGAUGAACUUCCAGAUGGACGACAGCCUGCACGACCGCAAGAUUGUGCUCAGCUCGGGAGUGGUCAUCAAGAUUGGCCGAGGCCUGCACUACUUUGAGCCGGCGGAGGGCUCCUACAGCCUGGGCCUGUGCGACUUCGACUUUCGUAAGUGCCUGGCCACCGAGGUGGACAUUUGGAAGUGUCGGGCCUUCGCCAAGCGGCUCAAGGAUUCGGAGGAGGACGAGUACCAGCCGUCGAAGGAGGACCGGUCGGAGGCGCCUGCCACCUCCAGCGAUUAGCAAGAGUGAGAGUGCGAUUCCACAUGCCCGCUUGGAAUUGGGUCAGCCGCCUUAUCACGGUAGUAACAGAAAUUAAUAAAAGCAGCAGGUUGUUAA